AUGGCUCCUCCGAACCCCCAUCGCGGCCAGCCUGCUAGAGACCAGAACGACAUUAUUCGUACGCCGUCCACGGUUGUUCCACCAAGUUCUAUCGCGCCCAUGUCGACGACGGGAUCUCCGGGAUUCCAGCCCUUGUUUCCCGAUUAUAGCGACUGGACAGGCGAUCUCGGCCCGGAGGCAUUCACGUUCUCAAUACCAACCAGCUUCGGCCACCAGCAACAGCAUCCUUUGAACGUCGCGGCCGUCCCGCUAAACUUCCAGGACCCGGCGCUGUUGGGCGGGGCCGACCACAACCCAUUCCGCGAACCGUUUAACAUACCCGGCCUGAUGCACCCAGGAUCGAUAGCGUACGCGGCGAACCUAUUCAGCCACUCGCCGAAGCUGUCGAGCCCUUCAGCGGCAGGCGUCAAUACCGGCAACAAGAAGAAGGGCACCGACCAAUCGGACGCGGGAAACCCCGACCACGACGAUGCCGACGACGACGGAGAGGACUGCGACCAGAAGCGCCAGGCGCGGUCCUUCUCGGUAGGCGGCAGCUCGAAGUGUUCGCCUGCGGCGGCGCCGCCUCGGUCCGAGUUCGGGCCGCCGUUCAAGCCGCGGCCGAUCAUGGCGGACAUGACGGAGGCGGAGCGGGCGGCGGUGGUGGAGUACAACAACGGGGUGGCGCGGGAGAAGCGGGAGCGCAACCGGCACCUGAACCGGCUGUCGGCGCGGCGCAGCCGGCGGGCGAAGCAGGACCGGCUGGACGCGGCCGAGGCCGACGUCGGGGCGCUGCGCGCCCACGGCUCCCAGCUCCGCGCCGUCGGCCGCCAGCUCGUCGCGGAGAACGCGCAGCUGCGCCGCGCCUACGUCGACCUGCGCGCGCGCAACGCCGCCCUCGGCGCGCGCGUCGCCGACGCCGAGAGCCACCACCAGCACCAGCACCAGCACCAGCACCAGCACCUGCCCCAGCGCCCCCUGCCCCAGCGCCAGCGCUUCGCCGGCCCCGCGCCCUUCCCGUUCCCGGCCCAGGCGCAGGGCGGCGGCCCCCCCUUCGCCGCCCUGCCGGUCGGACACCCCGCCGCGGCGGCGACGAGCCCGCAGGGCGCGGCGCAGCCCCAGCAGGUCCUGCACCAGCACCAGCUCAAGAGCGACGGCGCCGAAGACCAGCACCACGAGGACCCCGGAAGCGAGAACUGGCAGAUCUUCCUGCAGAUGAGCCCAGACGCGGGCGCCAAGGAGUGAGUGAGGAUGUUGAUUUCGAAGGGAGCGCAGGGCCGCGGUUGGGAAUGUGGUCGAGGAGAAUGGGGGCAAGGAAUGGGUGAGAAAUUCCGGCCAGGGUCUAAAUUUACGUUAUGCGUCGUAAUCCUACACUUACACCGGCGGCUCUCUUUUGUAGUUUCUUUCCUCCCUCGCCACGCCCCCAUUCCUCGACAAGCACUGGUGGCUUUUGCCGUUCCUAGGAGGCUCCAGGGAGACGAAGCCGCACGGCGCACGGAAAAGGGGCAAAAAGAAAACAAAGACAGAGGGGGAGGGAACAGGAGAUAUUGGUAUCGUUAACGGGCCGGUUGCAUAGGGACGGGUUUUGCGUCAAUGUGUAGAUUCGCUCUUCCCCUCCUUCACUGGAGUUCUCGGCGUCUGGCAGGUUCAGAAUGCAAGCCCACGCAUUCCAUCACGGGAUUACCUUCAAACCAUCGCACGGGGCGCCAAGACACGAACUUGUGCCACCUCAGCAGUUAUUUCGCUCUCCCCUGAGUAGGAAUGGGCAGAGUUGGCAUAGACGAGUCGCAUACGCGUCUGGCGCGUCCCCUGGCGGAGCCGCCUUGCGGUCUGCUUGGUUAGAUAGCGUUAGGGUAGGCGUUGGUUUGGUUUUUGGAACUUGCUGCAGAGUCGGAUUCGAAGUCAGGCAUGCGAGAUGAUAAAGCGUCGUUUCCGCAGUACGCCCGGCGUAAAUAACUAUGCUUGCGUAAGCGCUGUCUUU